GCGCACUGCCGGUGGCUUAGGUGUGAGCAGUCUCGCGGCAACUCGCUGAGGCAACAGUCGGGGCAAUAGCAACGGAAAGCUGCUCAUCACCAGAGACAACGGGACGGCUGAGAGAGCCACUCCAGUCUUUCUCUAAGGUGGUCCAGCACAACCCGGUUCAAACAGUUCACACCAAACACACACCCAGCUCAGCAGGAGGAUGGCGGUGAAUGUCUACUCCACCUCUAUGACCAUAGAGAACCUGAGUCGUCAUGACAUGUUGGCAUGGGUCAACGACUCUCUACAGCUCACCUACACAAAGAUCGAGCAGCUCUGUUCAGGUAGUGCUUACUGCCAGUUCAUGGACAUGUUGUUUCCAGGCUGCAUAUUGUUGAAGAAAGUUAAGUUCAACGCCAAACUGGAACAUGAAUACAUCCACAAUUUCAAGGUCUUACAGGCUGCGUUCAAGAGAAUGAAUGUGGACAAGAUCAUCCCGGUGGAGAGGUUGGUGAAGGGCAAGUUCCAGGACAACUUUGAGUUCCUCCAGUGGUUCAAGAAGUUUUUUGAUGCCAACUACGACGGGAAAGAAUACGACCCUCUACUGUCACGGCAGGGCCAGGAGGGAACGCCGCCUCCGCCAAACCCAGGUGAACCCACUCAUCACAAACCUAAAAGACCCUCUCGCUCAGGCCCCAUGAGAACGUCUCCCACGGCACCGAAGAGCGUCCCCACCCCGCAGAGGCAGAUCAACGUAGCAGCAGCCCGCAGGUCUGCUCCUGUGACCCGUAAUGGAGGCGAUGCCGAGCUCAUAGAGCUGAACCAGCAGCUGCUGGAUCUGAAGCUGACUGUAGACGGACUGGAGAAGGAGCGGGACUUCUACUUUGGGAAGCUGAGAGACAUCGAGCUGAUCUGCCAGGAACACGAAAAUGAAAACAACCCGAUCCUCAGCAAAAUCAUGGACGUACUGUACGCUACAGAGGAGGGGUUUGCGCCACCAGAGGAUGACGAAAUCGAUGAAGGAGCACGGGGAGACCAGGACGAGUUCUGAGCUCCUCCUCCUCUUCUCUCCAUCACCAUCAGUUUGUACCCCUCCCUCCUCUCACCCUGUAACCUACCUGAUCAUUAUCCUCAUCUACCCCCUCUCUCUUUUUUCCCCCUCUUAUUUUACUUUUUACAAUCUCCCCUUACUUCUCCCAUGUUGUCUGUGGCUGUCCAUAUCCAUGACGACUUUGUUGUACAGCCUAGCUUCCCAGACUCUUACUAGCAAAGGACACUUAACCCAGACCUGCCUGGACUAGGGCCCAGCAGCCUGGCUUGGCUUUCUCGACAUACUCUAACUUGUUUCCAGUGGGGGCAGCUGCACUACAGGGCUAGUUUAGCCUCGCUAGUCUUGUCAAAGGUUUAAGGUUAAUAGCAAUGAGAUUACAGGGAUCCAGCACUGACAGCCUGGAGCCAACAGUGCUAUCAAUCUGUGUCUAAAGGGGGCAGGUCACUUUCUCUCACCAUGCACUCCUGAUUGGUGACGACACAUAGACACACACACAUUCAUCAGGGUUCUCUGGAGAGUUUAUAUGAAACCACACAAUGUUUUCCACACAAUGUGACCAGUUUUUGGAUAUUUUUUGGCUGGAAAUUUCACACAGAGAGAUUAUAAAUGAUGAUAAGCCCCUUCGGAGAGAGAGGCCUGCACUUGCAUAUGUGAUGACACAUGUGAACGUAUAUUUAGCCCGCAGACAUAUCACAGACUUUGAACUGCUCACAUGCAUAAAAGAAAAAACAAAAAAGAAGUCAUCAUCCCAAGGCAAAGAAAAACAUCACAGGAAAUGUUCUUACUCAUCGAGUUGUCCCACCAGAGAGGGUUUGCUCAUGAAACUGUUCUGACAGCUUGUUUAUGAGACAGCAUGAUGUAUUUAUGUUUUUAUUUAUUUAUCUUUUUUUAAUCUGCUCUAUACAGUUUCUGAAAAAAAUGUGGUUUUGGAUUUUGGGGGGGAAAUUGAAGGUCUUGCACUAAAUGUAGCUAAACAAACUGACUGAAAUGAUCCAAAAUGCCAACAUGCAGUGACUUGGAUGCUGCCGGGAAGAUACAGGAAGAUGCAAUUUUAUAUUUUGUAGAUUUGUUUUAAAGAGGUUUUUUUUUAUUUGCAUUGAAUUCCUCAAUGACUGAGUUAGAGGCGUCAGUGUAGAAGUUAUUUAUCAGACAAAUGUCAGGCUUUGAAUUCUAUGAAUGAACAAAUGUUAAAAAACAAACAAACAAAAAAACAAGUAAGACUACAGACAGACACUACUAAAUACUAAUGUUUGACUGUGUUAAUUGAGUUAAACAUUUUAGCUGCUAUCAUUACUCUUCUGUUGCCGUAUUUAAUUGAGUUUUGUUGCAUAGCAGUAAAACACCACAGUUACUGCCAAGGAGCUACGGGUGUGUUAUAUUGUGACUGACAGUUCGGGCUGAGUGUGAUCGACAUUAGUUUGACCAGUCUGAGAGAACAAAACAUCAAACCCUCUCUCACCGUUUGCUUCCAUGGCAGCCAUGUGAUAAACCUGCAUCAUUUGGACUUACUGCUGGAAUGAAAUAAAGCUCUGAGGUUCAAGAAAAGUAACAAA